AUGGUCCAGUACUACCAGAUCGCCGGCCGCAAGGUUGGAUCGCACUAUUUGGCGAUGGGUGUCCUGACCGCCAUGUUUGGCGGUGUUUACGCCAGCUUGAGCGGCCCGAGCAAGGUCCCCAAGGCGGGCACUACUCCCCCGAUAAAUGCUGCUUCGUCCGACGAAGCCGAUUUCAUCAAGAAAUUCCUCGAGGACAACUCUGGCAAGGGGAAGAGUGAAGGAAAGCACUGAGACGAGUAUUACCACGGAGCGGUAA